GCCAAAAACUGUGCUGAACUUUACAAAUCCGGUGAAAGGAUCAGUGGUGUUUACACAAUCGACCCAGAUGGUUCAGGUGCCUUCAAUGUAUAUUGUGACCAUAUGACAGCUGGUGGGGGAUGGACAGUGAUCCAGAAGAGAAUGGAUGGCUCUGUUGAUUUUAACCGCACCUGGGAUGACUACAAAUAUGGCUUCGGUUACUUUAUCGGUGAAUUUUGGCUCGGACUGGACAAAAUAAACCGCCUGACCCGAAACAAGACAAACAACAAGCUUCGAAUAGAUCUGGGAGUAAAAACUGGCACAAUUGCUCACGCUGAGUAUGGCUGGUUUGGGAUUGGAAACGAAAUGGCUAAGUACCGGCUGUACCUUGGCGAUAAGACUGGUUAG